AUGUCUCUUCCCACUCGAUCCCUCGGCCGCAACGGCCCUCAAGUCCCAGCAAUUGGUCUGGGACUCAUGAGUCUCGGUGAUAUUUACGGACCCGCCGGUACACUCGAGGAAAAGGUCGCAUUUCUUGAACACGCCCAUGCAAUCGGUGCCAGAUUCUGGGAUACCGCCGAUGCAUACUUUGGCAGCGAAGAUGCUGUCGGCGCAUGGAUUAGAAAGUCGGGUAAUCGCGACGAUAUCUUCCUGGCGACCAAGUUCGCUCUGCGUUUCAGCGCAACGGAGCUGUUGAUCCGUUCCGAUCCGGAGUAUGUCAAGGCUGCCUGUGAGAAGAGCUUGAACAGACUUGGUGUUGAAUCCAUUGACCUUUACUAUUGUCACCGCGUUGAUGACGUGACGCCUAUUGAGAAGACUGUCGAGGCUAUGGUUGAGUUGAAAGACCAAGGCAAAAUCAAAUAUCUCGGACUAUCUGAAUGCUCUGCUUCAACUAUUCGUCGUGCACAUGCCAUCCAUCCGAUCACUGCGUAUCAGGUGGAAUACAGUCCGUUUGCAUUGGAUAUCGAGUCAUCAACCACAGAUAUCCUGAACACCUGCCGCGAACUUGGUAUCGCGGUCAUCGCCUAUAGUCCCGUGGGUCGCGGUAUUCUGACCGGACAGAUCCAAUCGCUCUCCGAUAUCCCCGAAACUGACUUCCGUCGCAUGCUUCCCAAGUACAGCGAGGAGAACUUCCCGAAGAUCUUGGAACUAGUGCAGGGACUCAAGGCUAUUGCUAGUAAUCAUGGAAGCACUUCCGCUCAGGUGGCUAUUGCAUGGCUUCUUGCUCAGGGCUCUGAUAUUAUUCCAAUUCCUGGAACCAAGUCGACCAAAAACCUUGACGAGAAUACCCGUGCUGUUUCUCUAGAUUUGUCGGAGAAGGAGCUACAGGAGAUUCGAGAUUUGAUUGACCGAACGGAGAUUCCUGGAGCGCGUUAUCCUGCCACGUGA